AUGUUUGUGAAAUCGCCGAUAUUGUUUAGUGUCAAGAGAGCGCAGGGCCAAGAGGGGUCACUACCAGAGACGCAGUCACCAUCCGCCUCAGGUACAGAACCUGAGUUCCUCCAGGUGGGCUGGGACGAUGGUGAUGAUGACCCUUUGUGCCCACGCAGCUUCAGCAAGCCAAAGAAAUGGAUGAUUGUAACUAUCGUCUCUAUGGCAUGCUUUUGUGUGUAUGAAUGGCCUGUCCAUAGAAUCCGGAAAUGGAGCAAACAGCAUUUGAGCACUAACACUUUUGGAUUCAGCACCGCAGCGAGUUCCAUCUACACUUCCACAUAUCAGCAAAUGGAAGAGUCAUUUGGCAACUCGAGGAAGAUCUCGGUCCUGGGUCUCUCCCUAUUCGUUUUAGGGAUCGGCUGUGGCCCUCUCUUCUUUAGCCCCUUGAGCGAGUUUUUUGGCCGUCGUCCCAUAUACCUCGUCGCAUGGAUCCUGUAUGUCAUUUGGACCAUUCCCCAAGCCGUGGCCAAUAACAUUGCCACGAUGCUAGUCGCGAGAUUCCUCGCAGCUUUCUCAGGAGGCACAUUUCUGGCCGUUGCGGGUGGAACGGUGGGUGACCUGUUUUCCAAAGAUGAACUCCAAUAUCCGAUGGCUAUCUUUACAGUAGCACCUUUCAUCGGACCUUGUAUAGGACCCACGAUGGGCGGCUUUAUGAAUUACAAUACACACUGGAGGUGGACGUACUAUGUUAUGUUGAUGUGGUCCUUCGCCCUACUCAUGGCAAUCACAUUUCUUGUCCCUGAAACAUUCCGUAUGUUCCUGAACAACAUUGCCCGGAAAAUAUCAUGGUUCUAUGUGCUGACGGCUGUGCAGAUCCCGCUGUUUUGCGACAGAAGGCCAAGAUGUUGCGACAAUCUACUGGUGACUCGCGCUGGAGAGCCCCCAUCGAAGAACAAAACAAAUCGAUUCUGGUUGCUGUUUGCAGGUCUUUGA